AUGGCGCGGCCGCUCGGCCUCGUCCUCGUCCUCGCGCUCAUCGCCGCCAAUUACUUGCCGGAACCAUACGCGCCGGCUGCCGCGGAAAUCACCACUCCCUGCUCUCAACUUUCGGUGCUGACGGUUGGCCGUCUUGCUGUUGCAGUGGCCCUGCUCCCUCCUGUCAGCGCCGCCGCUGACAACGACGGCUACGCCCACUGCGAGGGGGCUGUCAGGGGCUGGGCGGACUCGGCUGGGGAGGGCGACGAUGGCGCAGACAAGCUCAACCUCAAAGAUUUGCUCUUCUUCCUCCAUAUUCCUAGAACCGGUGGCCGUGCCUACUUCCACUGCUUCUUGAAAAAGCUGUAUACCACUGCUCAGGAAUGCCCCCGUUCCUACGAUAAGCUGCGGUUCGACCCAAGCCAUCCUGAUUGCAAGCUGGUUGUAAGUCAUGAUGACUACAGCUUAACUUCCAAGCUGCCAAAGGAGAGGACUUCCGUGGUGACGAUACUAAGGAAUCCAGUCGAUCGCGUGUUUAGCACCUAUGAGUUCUCAGUUGAAGUUGCAGCCAGGUUUCUUGUGCAUCCAAACUUGACGUCUGCAAAGUCAAUGACCACCCGUCUGUUAAAAAAAACACGCGGUGUAAGUACACUGGAUAUAUGGCCUUGGAAGUACUUGGUUCCAUGGAUGAGAGAAGACCUUUUCGCCAGGCGAGAUGCUAGAGGAAUUGACAAUACGCGAAGCAGCAACAAGGUUAAUCCAUAUGAUGUGGACGACAUGGCUAUGCCAUUACACCAGUACAUCAAUGACCCUGUUGCCCAUGAAAUCAUUCAUAAUGGAGCUACCUUUCAGGUUACUGGGCUAACAAAUAACUCUUACUUUGAUGGAGCACACAAGGUUCGGCAUUGUGUUAGAAAGCACCCUGAUCUUGGUCGUUUUGUGCUUCAAGUUGCUAAGAACAGGUUGGACCGUAUGCUGUACGUAGGACUUACAGAGGAUCAUGAAGAAUCCGCGAGGUUGUUUGCUCAUAUGGUAGGAGCACAAGUGCUUUCACAGUCUGGAAUUUUGAACUUGGAUAUCCAGGAAGAUCCACCCAGUGGCACCGACCCUCACUCAUCCAUGCUGGAUCAAGAGGAUGAAGAAACAAAUGAACAUAUGAAUAGCACUGAUGGUUGGAGCAGUAACGAUGCUCUGAACACUACUGACGAUGAUCAUGGGAAAGGAAAUAUGACUGUUGGUAAAUUAAUGGAAACUUAUGAGAGUUGCAUUGCCAGUCUACGGAAGUCCCAAUCAAACCGUCGCAAAAUAUCCCUUAAAAAGGUUGCGGAGGCAAAUUUUACUAAGGCGGCACGGCGUCAGGUACCUGAGGCAAUUCUGAAGCAAAUUAUCUCAUUGAACAGCCUUGACAUGGAACUCUAUGAGCAUGCUAAGAGUAUUUUUACACAAGAGCAUCUUAUGCUAAAAGGUCAGCAGUCGGGAGAUCAAAAGGUUACACAAGAACAUCUUAUGCUAAAAGGGCAGCAUCCUGUGGUGGUGCAAGACAAACAGUCGGCAGCUCAAAAGGACUGGAUAGAUACAGUCUGUGAUUCCUGGAAUUGCUCUACCUGGAAGGUUGUCGCUCUUGGUCUAGGGAUCUCAGUGACCACUGUUUUUAUUGUGUUUGCUGUAACGAGUAGAAGAACAUUAAAACUUAAGAUUUGAUGAUGAUAUUGGGAGACAACCCCUAGUUUCUUUA